GCCGCUCUUGCCCAAUCGUCGCCGGCGGCCACCGGGAGCACGCCUCGCCGGAGCUGAGCCUAUCGAGAUGCUCAGCAACAAGGCAGCUGCGUCGGGCCGCUCUUCGGGCCGCUCCGGCGGAGGGAUCAGGAUCGGGCGGUUGCAGCUGCGCCCGGCGAUCCCCAUUGUCCCCGGCGGCCGCGGCAAGAGACAGAGGAGAGCGGCGGCGGUUCCCCUGCUGCCCGACGACGCCCUGGUGGAGAUCCUCUCCCGCGUCCCCGCCAAAUCCCUCUGCCGGUUCAAGUGCGUCUCCAGGGCCUGGCGCGACCUCAUCGCCGACCGCCUCCGCUGCAAGAAGCUCCCCCAAACCCUCGCAGGGUUCUUUGUCAACGACGGCGACGAGAUACACGGCGGUGACAGCGACGAUGACGGCUCGGAUCGCGUCGUCGGGCGCUUCAUCAACACGUUGGGUAGAUUCGUGCCCCUCGCUUCCGUCUCCUUCCUGGGGAACCAGCCGGGCAUUGAGGAAUUCGGCUUCUUGCGUUCCUGCAACGGGCUCCUCCUCUUCGGGCACAGAAGGGCUGGAGACACCUACGAUUCACUGGGCUAUAUCGUCUGCAACCCCGCCACCGAGCAAUGGGUGGCCGUCCCCAGCUCCGGCUUUAAACCACUUCCCUUAUUUGAUGAGGGCGAGGACCCUGGCUCUGACUCCGACAAUGAAAUUGGAUGUGCUUUCACCUAUUUGAUUUUUGACCCUGCUGUGUCCUUGCACUUUCAGUUGGUCGAGUUCAUUUCGGACGAUUGUGUAUGCGUGGAAGAGGUGCGCGCAUACUCGUCUGAAACUGGGGUAUGGUGUGACAGCGAUUGGUCUUCAGAUUGCGGCAUAUCAUUCUUCGCAGGGAGCGCCAUUGUUAAUGGCAUGCUGCAUCUCAGUGUCACCAGCUUUGAUACACACCAGGAUCUAAUACUUGCAGUUAAUGGGGAAGGGAAGGAUUGUAGGAGCCUCAGCGGGCCGGGGAAGCGUUUCGAUGUUGCUUUUGUUGGUGAAUCCCAAGGACUCGUGCAUUGCGUGAGUCAACAUAAAGACAACACUCGCCAGAUGACUGAACUGUCCAUUUGGGUCCUUCGGGACUAUGAUGCAGAAGAAUGGGUUCUGAAGCACAGUGUGGAUUUUUUCAAGCUGUUUGGAAGAAUGAAUUGCCGAGUUGAAUUUGACUACAGUGUGGUUGCCAUUCACCCGGAUCGCAAUUUGAUCUUCUUUGUUCAGCACUGGGACCUGCAACUGAAAUCAUAUGACAUGGAUAGCAAGGAAGUGUGUACUCUCCACACUCUAGGGGUGGGCCCUCAGAAUAUUUUCCCAUUAGUUCCCUAUUAUGCGGAGUCAUCGGCCCUUGCUAAUAAGCACUGAUCUUGCGCCUUGUGAGGUACUGGUCAAAUUUGAUGUUCCAAGUAUGGAGACAGGAGCUAUAUCUGUAGAAUUAGGCUAUGUGCUCUGAUGGUGCUUCGAUGGUACCUUCUGAUUCCUUUUGUACAUUAAAAGCAAACACUUGAGGCAUGUGUGUAAGUUACCAUUAAAUAUGUAGGCAAUUGCACAAUGCAUGAUGUUUGGACUUCCAAGUUCCUACGCUCUGUAUUUCACUUUUUCCAGAAUCAUAAUCCCUGUCCACUUUCUUUA